CGGAGGCGGCCCGGAGCGAGCGGGAGAGCGAGCGGGAGAGCGGGAGAGCGAGCUGGGUCCCGGCCGACCCGCGGGCCCCAGGCGACCCUCCCUGCCGCCCGCGCCCGCGCCCCGCCCCGCCGAGGCCCCGGGCGGGCGGGCCGCCCCGCGCUCCGUGACUUCCUAAAGUUGAGAGCUCCCCGCCGCGUCCGCCGCCCGGCCGCGCCCCACGACCCCCGAGCAUCCCGCGCCCCGACCCGCGCCCGCCGCCCGCCCGCCGCCCGCAUGGACGUCCACACCCGCUGGAAAGCGCGCGGCCCCGGCGCCCGGCCGCUGCUGCUCCCGCUGCUGCUGCUGCUGCUGCUGUGGGCGCCGCCUCCGAGCCGCGCAGCUCAGCCGGCAGACCUCCUGAAGGUCCUUGAGUUCCACAACCUGCCCGAUGGCGUCACGAAGACCACGGGCUUCUGUGCCACGCGGCGCUCUUCCAAAGGCCCGGACGUCGCCUACCGCGUCACCAAGCAGGCGCAGCUCAGCGCGCCCACCAAGCAGCUGUACCCAGCGUCUGCCUUUCCCGAGGACUUCUCCAUCCUGACCACUGUGAAAGCCAAGAAAGGCAGCCAGGCCUUCCUGGUCUCCCUGUACAACGAGCAGGGCAUCCAGCAGGUGGGGCUGGAGCUGGGCCGCUCCCCCGUCUUCCUCUACGAGGACCACACGGGGAAGCCCGGCCCUGAAGACUACCCGCUCUUCCGGGGCAUCAACCUGUCGGAUGGCAAGUGGCACAGGAUCGCGCUCAGCGUCCACAAGAAGAACGUCACCUUGAUCCUCGACUGCAAGAAGAAGAUCACCAAGUUCCUCGGCCGCGGGGACCACCCCAUGGUUGACGUCAACGGCAUCGUGGUGUUCGGCACCCGCAUCCUGGACGAGGAAGUGUUUGAGGGUGACAUCCAGCAACUGCUGUUCGUCUCGGACCACCGGGCGGCUUAUGAUUACUGCGAGCACUACAGCCCCGACUGCGACACGGCAGUCCCCGACACGCCGCAGUCGCAGGACCCCAACCCAGAUGAAUACUACCCGGAAGGAGAGGGUGAAGGCGAGGCGUACUACUACGAGUACCCCUACUACGAAGACCCCGACGACCCGGGGAAGGGGCUCACCCCCACCGAGAAGCCAGUGGAAGCGGCGCGGGAGACCACUGAGAUCCCUGAGGAGCUGACCCAGCCCCCCACGGAAGCCCCGACGGUGCCCGAGAGCAGCCACGGGGCUGGGAAGGAGGAAGACCCCGGCGUGGGGGACUAUGACUACGUGCCCACCGACGACUACUACACCCCCUCCCCGUACGAGGACUUCAGCUACGGCGAGGGCGCGGAGAACCCGGACCAGCCCCUGAACCCCGACGCGGGGCCCGCGGUCCCCACCAGCACCGUGGCCGUCUCCAAUGCCUCCGACCCAGCCCCGCCUCCGGGGGAGGGGAAGGAUGACGAGUUUACGGAGGAAACCAUCAAGAAUCUGGAUGAGAACUACUACGAUCCUUACUAUGACCCUGACUCCAGCGCUAACCCGUCGGAGAUCGGGCCGGGCAUGCCAGCCAACCAGGACACCAUCUUUGAAGGGAUCGGAGGACCACGAGGGGAGAAAGGCCAAAAGGGAGAACCGGCCAUCAUCGAGCCGGGCAUGCUCAUCGAGGGGCCGCCCGGCCCAGAAGGCCCUGCCGGCCUUCCGGGACCUCCAGGAACCACAGGUCCCACUGGCCAAGCGGGCGACCCAGGAGAAAGGGGUCCCCCCGGACGUCCAGGUCUCCCCGGCGCCGACGGCCUGCCCGGCCCUCCGGGGACCAUGCUCAUGCUGCCGUUCCGGUUUGGCGGUGGCGGCGACGCGGGCUCCAAGGGCCCCAUGGUGUCCGCCCAGGAGUCGCAGGCCCAGGCCAUCCUCCAGCAGGCCAGGUUGGCACUGAGAGGACCAGCCGGCCCGAUGGGGCUCACAGGGAGACCCGGCCCCAUGGGUCCUCCUGGGAGCGGAGGUUUGAAGGGCGAGCCGGGAGACAUGGGGCCUCAGGGCCCUCGAGGCGUGCAGGGGCCGCCCGGCCCGGCAGGGAAGCCCGGGAGACGCGGUCGCGCCGGGAGUGACGGAGCAAGAGGCAUGCCCGGACAGACAGGCCCCAAGGGUGACCGUGGCUUUGACGGCCUGGCUGGGUUACCGGGAGAAAAGGGCCACAGGGGUGACCCUGGCCCCUCUGGUCCUCCAGGACCUCCGGGAGAUGAUGGAGAAAGGGGUGAUGACGGAGAAGUCGGGCCCAGGGGGCUGCCCGGGGAGCCCGGGCCACGAGGUCUGCUUGGGCCAAAGGGGCCCCCGGGUCCCCCCGGACCUCCGGGAGUGACGGGCAUGGAUGGUCAGCCAGGCCCCAAAGGAAACGUGGGUCCCCAGGGUGAGCCCGGCCCCCCGGGACAGCAGGGUAAUCCCGGCGCCCAGGGCUUGCCAGGGCCCCAGGGUGCCAUCGGUCCUCCAGGAGACAAGGGUCCUCUGGGCAAACCAGGCCUCCCAGGAAUGCCCGGCGCGGACGGACCUCCGGGGCACCCCGGGAAAGAAGGCCCUCCAGGAGAGAAAGGAGGCCAGGGUCCGCCUGGCCCGCAGGGCCCCUUAGGCUACCCAGGCCCUCGAGGAGUCAAGGGGGCAGACGGCAUCCGGGGCCUGAAGGGCACCAAGGGCGAGAAGGGCGAAGACGGCUUCCCUGGGUUCAAAGGCGACAUGGGCAUCAAGGGUGACCGGGGGGAGAUCGGCCCACCUGGUCCCAGGGGAGAAGAUGGUCCUGAAGGCCCAAAGGGCCGUGGAGGUCCCAAUGGUGAUCCUGGUCCCUUGGGGCCCACCGGGGAAAAGGGCAAGCUCGGAGUCCCAGGAUUACCGGGAUACCCAGGAAGACAGGGGCCGAAGGGCUCUAUUGGAUUCCCUGGAUUUCCUGGUGCCAAUGGAGAGAAGGGCGGCAGGGGGACACCCGGAAAGCCUGGGCCACGGGGACAGCGAGGCCCCACGGGUCCAAGGGGGGAGAGAGGCCCCCGGGGCAUUACGGGGAAGCCUGGCCCCAAGGGGAACUCCGGAGGCGAUGGCCCGGCCGGUCCUCCCGGGGAGCGGGGACCCAACGGACCCCAAGGACCCACAGGGUUCCCUGGCCCAAAAGGCCCCCCGGGCCCACCGGGCAAGGAUGGGCUCCCUGGACACCCUGGACAGAGAGGCGAGACGGGUUUCCAAGGCAAGACGGGCCCUCCGGGUCCCCCGGGCGUGGUCGGCCCUCAGGGUCCCACGGGAGAAACGGGUCCCAUGGGCGAACGUGGCCACCCGGGGCCGCCAGGCCCCCCUGGUGAACAAGGCCUCCCGGGCGUUGCUGGGAAAGAAGGGACGAAGGGUGACCCAGGCCCCGCUGGCCUCCCUGGGAAAGAUGGCCCUCCAGGACUGCGUGGCUUCCCUGGGGACCGAGGGCUCCCUGGUCCUGUGGGCGCGCUGGGACUGAAAGGCAGUGAAGGUCCUCCAGGCCCUCCAGGCCCUGCGGGAUCUCCGGGGGAGAGGGGCCCCGCCGGUGCGGCCGGCCCCAUCGGAAUUCCAGGGAGACCCGGACCCCAAGGACCGCCGGGUCCGGCGGGAGAGAAGGGAGCUCCUGGCGAGAAAGGCCCGCAGGGCCCCGCUGGCCGCGACGGCCUCCAGGGCCCGGUGGGGCUUCCCGGUCCGGCCGGCCCCGUGGGUCCCCCCGGAGAAGACGGAGACAAGGGAGAGAUCGGGGAGCCGGGGCAGAAGGGAAGCAAAGGGGACAAGGGCGAGCAGGGUCCCCCCGGGCCCACCGGUCCUCAAGGCCCCAUUGGACAGCCAGGCCCCUCGGGAGCUGACGGCGAGCCCGGCCCGCGGGGCCAGCAGGGCCUCUUCGGGCAGAAGGGAGACGAAGGUUCCAGAGGCUUCCCCGGGCCACCAGCAGUGGGGCUGCAGGGCUUGCCGGGGCCUCCGGGGGAGAAGGGUGAGACGGGGGACGUGGGUCAGAUGGGCCCUCCCGGUCCCCCCGGCCCCCGAGGACCGUCUGGAGCGCCCGGUGCCGACGGGCCGCAGGGUCGCCCCGGCGGCGUGGGCAACCCCGGCGCGGUGGGAGAGAAGGGCGAUCCCGGCGAAGCUGGCGAGCCGGGCCUUCCAGGAGAAGGGGGGCCCCCGGGACCCAAAGGAGAAAGGGGGGAGAAGGGCGAGGCCGGCCCCUCGGGUGCUGCGGGCCCCCCUGGACCCAAAGGCCCACCCGGAGAUGACGGCCCCAAGGGCAGUCCCGGCCCAGUGGGUUUUCCUGGAGACCCCGGCCCCCCCGGGGAGCCUGGCCCCGCGGGUCAGGACGGCCCCCCCGGAGACAAAGGAGACGAUGGCGAGCCGGGACAGACGGGAUCCCCCGGGCCCGACGGGUGAGCCUGGUCCCUCGGGGCCCCCAGGAAAGCGGGGUCCCCCGGGCCCCGCAGGCCCUGAGGCAGACAGGGAGAGAAAGGAGCCAAGGGAGAAGCGGGCUUGGAUGGCCCUCCUGGGAAGACUGGCCCCAUUGGCCCCCAGGGGGCUCCCGGGAAGCCAGGGCCCGACGGCCUGC